AUGCUUAAGGUGUUGUUGUGGAUGUAUUUGAGUGGAGUUGGUGAGUCAGGCACUCCUUUAAUGACCAUCAUUUAGUACUAGGUUCGUGGGACGGGCCUGUGGUUACCAUCGAGAAAGAGGAGAAGAUCCCCACCAUCGAGGGUAAGGAAUUUAUUAGUUGGCAUUAGGUGCGAAGGUGCCGUCAUCUAGUAAUUUCCCAUUAAAUAAUUUAAUGGCUACUUGUAUCGACUUUGGGAACUUGUUUUGUACUUUUUUCCUUUCAAUUACUGUACAGUUACAAGCUACUUUUACAGAGAAUCACGAUGAUUUGGAGCAGAUCCAUCAGAAUCGGAUCGAUUCCCCCGAAACCCGAGGUAAGACUCCCCCGGAGAACUUUAAUACCAUUCCAGAAGCCGCAGGGGAUCAAAUGAACGGUGGAAUCAGGAGUCGUCUUGUGCUGGGAACAGCAAUGAUAAUACCGGUUCUGUUUAUGUAUAUAUAA